GACCAACCAACUCCACAAUCAAAAUCAUCGAUUCCUCCAAUGCCUUGUCUUUUGUUCUUUGCUUCCGUUUAAUUCAAUUUUGCAUCUGUCAUACACAAAUUGCAGACAAAAAUAAUCUCUCUUCCAAUCUCUCGCUUGCUCUAUCUAUAUUCGACUAUCAAUAUAUACACAAUAUAUAUAUUAUAUAUAAACAAAUAUGGGUUCUUCAGCUACCCUGAAUAUGGCGUCUCUGGUUAAAUUUAUGCCUGUUUCUUCAUCGAAGUUGAAGCCAAAUGGUGAAAUUAUUUAUGGGUUUCGUUUCAAGGAAAGCGAGCCCAUCACCAGAAUCUAUGCUAUCUCUUCAAACGGUUCUGUCUCUCGUUCUGCUUCUUCUGGGGCUGAGUCAAGUUCAGUGGGAGAUGUGCAUGGACGUAGAAGCAGUCUUGAAUCUUUAUUUUGUUAUGAUAAGGCUAUACCAGAGGAAAGAAUUGAGAAGCCUGUCGGAAUAUCUUUGGAUGAAAAAGUUAUUGGAGAUAAUCCACGAUGCAAUGAUUGCCAAGCGAAAGGUGCUGUACUCUGUACCACAUGCUCAGGUUCAGGCUUGUAUGUUGAUUCUAUAUUGGAAAGCCAGGGCAUUCUUGUUAAAGUUCGCUGCCUAGGCUGUGGGGGAACUGGUAACGUCAUGUGUUCAGAAUGUGGUGGCCGAGGUCAUGUUGGACCUAAAUGAUUUGUGUAGUUUGCUUCUCUUCUGUUCCCGUAUUUGCUUUUUUUUUUUUUGUAUGCAGAUAUAUAUCUUCUUGUACGAGUCACAUACAUCAUAAUCACAUAGCCUUUCCUAGUAUAUGGUUGGUGAAUUCUGAUAAGUUUACACGGAUAUCUAGUUGUAUGUGAUUAAUUCUUUUUGGCAAAUACAAUUUUCUUGAACA